AUGGCAUCGACAAACACCAGGGCUGACAUCCAAGACACGAAGAUUCCAGCAUGGCUUGCGAGUCACCUAAACAUCGAAUGGAGCUCACAGGAUGUCGACGCGCUGCUCGAUUCAAUCGACGCGAGCCAGUGCCCCCAGUCGUCGGAAAUGCCCCACUUACCCGCCGAGUUACUCGUACUCAUACUGGAGUUUGUCCCUGUUGCCUAUGUACUCGACUGGCGGCUAGUCUGUCGCGGCUUCCGUGAUGCCAUUGACGGACCGAUCCUAUUCCAUUACCUCCAAAGAACACAGUUGGUCGGUUAUCUAGGGCCUCUGGAAUCAAUCAUCAAUGAAGAUCUAGAGGAUGAAGAAUACGAAGAACUCCAUCUUGUGCGCGCCGAUUUCGACUCAUUACGAGAUGGUGUACCACUACCGAACGCGCCUUCAGAAAAGCGCGUUGGGCCUCCGUGGAGUCAAUCUCAUGCUGCGUUUAAGAUGGACAAGCAAUGGCGCGACCGGCAUCAAUGGUGGAACGACUUUCACAGCGAUUUGCCCUCCGCAAAUAGGCUGCUGAGUCAACUUGAGCCUCAGCGGCCUAGCCAGGGCUUUGGUGCGUUAAUCUGGAUGAUCCAGCUGGACACCGCAGUCCUCGAUCUGGAAAUCCCGCUGGAACCAGGAAGACGCACAUUCGACGUGACCGUUGACCUGAAUCCACUUGCAACAUCGGUUGCAGUGUAUGUUGAGUGGAAGCCAAUGCUCCGCCGCUUUUUGAAGCAAGAAAGAGCUCUCAGACGUCUCAUGGAAGAAACGGGCGAGGACAAAGUCACGUUUGGCCAUGCCGAAGACUGUUUGCGUGCAGUACGACGACAGCGACUGCAUGCGUCACUGAACCCUGACCAGAAAAUUGACCGGCAUAUCAAGUGGUCGUUGCGCCUACUCCGUCCGCUGUGGGGGGUCACUGCCCGGUACGAAGAAGCAUCAACGCUAGACCCCGUGGAGGCAGACGCUGUUAGGGUUAUACUACUCUUGCGUCGCGCGGCUACCCUGACUCCUCUUCAAACCGAGCAUCUUCAAAGAUUAGCGAUUGAUUACGACCGCAUGGUCAACAUGUUGUGCGGUAUUUCUGAUUCUGUGAGAGCUUUAAGGUCUCAUCUCAUUCUACCCGGCCACGAGGGAUUCCCCUAUUAUGGAAAUGGCAUCCACCUAGGAAAACUUCCACUCAAUCCCAUCGCGUGGUCGAAUAAGCAGAUCAAAGACGUCGAGAAAAAGAUUCAGCAAUGGAAGGCACAAGAAAGCUUGGUCACCCAGAUGCAGGCUCUUAUGGCUGCAUCGCAGGAAAUACGUUUAGUACCGGAGGAUGCUUUCGAUGGGGUAGAUUCUGAGAUGUGA